UUAGAUAUUCUUUCCAGUGCUUCGUCAAGGGCACUAUUUUCUCAUUUGCAUCAAUGUUAAAGCCUCAAAACUUGAAAUAAUUGACAACAAGUCCUUAGUCCGUGGUGUUACCAUGAAGGACAAGUAUGGAGAUUGCCCAACCCUCUUGGUUACAGCUUUAAAAGAAUACCUAGCACUGGGGUCAUCUUCCCUAUUCUGGAAGGUGGAUGAGCUAACCAUAGAGGUUGUGGACAUGAGUUGGAAAGAAUCGAAAAAUUACAUUGAUUGCGGACUAUUUGUAAUGAGGCAUAUGGAAACAUAUAAAGGGACAUUGAAUAAAUGGAACCCGGGAUUCAAAAAGCAAGCAAACUUAAAUGAAAACUUCUUAAUUGGAUUGAGGGCCAGGUACGCCGCAACAAUCAUAAGGUGGCGUGCCAACAUAUUGAAAAACAUUGUGAUCAAGAAAACCAAACUCUUGUACAACAAGAAAUGAACAGCUUGUACUCAAAUGUGAAUAUACAAUAGUUCCUUGAAUUCCUGUAGAACUAUGUUGUAAUCACACACCAAUAGCUUUAUAUUCACACACCCAUAGCUUUAUAUUCAUAAUUUCAAAACACCACAUUCACACUUCUCUAACUAUA